AUGGCGAGUACAGUUGCUGCCGUGAGGGCAGCCAUCAAACACCUCUCUAAACGAAUCGUUACUUCAUAUAUACUUGACUGGAUAGUCAUCUUAGCAACCGCGGGCGUUGGCGGCGCAUUCUCCCAGAUCGAUGGAAAUCAUCAUGUAUUCUCCUUAAUCGACCCGGAUAUUUCCUACCCAAGCAAACCAAAUACUGUCACGACCUCGGUUCUGCUCCUCGUUUCUUUAGUGGCGCCUGGUGUCAUUAUUUUCCUGAUCAGCAUGCUCCUCGUCCCGGGACGUACAGCCGCCAGGGGCACAUCAAAGGCGCUGAAGUGGCGUCGCAAAUUUUGGGAGUGGAAUACAGGUUGGAUGGGCUUGGGUGUCUCGCUUGCAGGUACAUUCAUGAUCACCGAAGGGUUGAAAGACCUGGUGGGAAAACCAAGGCCGGAUUUUUUGUCACGCUGUGAUCCUGAUCUCAGUCUGGUCACGCAAUAUGCUGUUUCUGGACUUGGCGCGCUGGUUGAUAAUGCUCCAAUUAUGGUCGACUACCGCAUCUGUCGCAACCAGUCCAGGUUUGUUCUGCAAGAUGGCUUUGCCGCCUGGCCAUCCGGACACGCUUCGUUCUCAUGGGCUGGGAUGCUAUACCUCACACUGUUCUUGUGCGCCAAAUUCGCCAUCUCCAUCCCAUACCUCGCCCCUCGAACAUACUCGAACGACGAAAAUCCUACUUCUUUUGAGGUCCAUCACCACCACCAUAAACAUGAGGUUGAUCACAAUCACGGCAUCGUGCCGCUACGCAACCAAGCCGCUGCUCCACCCGUGUACCUUCUGAUACUCGCUUUCGUCCCAAUCGGUACCGCUUCCUUCAUCACUGUUUCCCGCUGGUCAGACUACCGACAUGCAGGGUUUGACAUCAUCUCAGGGUCUAUUCUUGGGGCGUUCUUUGCCUGGUUCGGCUUUCGCUGGUAUCAUCUACCCAUUCGUACCGGUGCAGGAUGGUCUUGGGGUGCGAGAAGCAGGGAGAGAGCUUUUUAUACCGGUCUGGGUGUGCCCACGUAUGUUGGCAAUGAGGGAUGGCGGAGUGCAAAGGCUGAACACGCCUACCGGGUGGAUCUAGAGUCCGGUGAGAACAUCUUAGGAAGUGGACAUCAGGAUCAGCCAGCGAGGGGAAUGAAUGGAGUCAGGGUUCAGAACAGUGAGUCCACUGAUGGUAACGCGAAAGAUUUACCGCAAAAUCAUGUCGUUUGA